AUGGAGAGCGUUGUCGAUGAGCAAGAAGCCUCUCUCGUUUCUUGGUUAUUUGAGAUGAAGAAUAACGUUGCAGAGCAAGAGAUAGAGAGUGAUUUUAAUGAUCAAGAAUGGGGGAUUGAUGAUGAUGUGCACGAAGAGAUAGAGAGUUAUGCUGCUGAACAAUCAAUCCCGAUUGCGAAACAAUUUUUAGAAGCAACGAACUGGGAUCUUCAAAAAGCAAUUAGGCUGCUUUUCAGUGCAGAAGUGCGUUAUCCAAACACAUCUUAUGAGCUUAUGAACUUAGGAGAGGCAAACUUUAGGGCCGAGAUGGUUCGCUCUGAUGUUAGUGCAACAGAUAACUCUCUAGAUGAUAAUCUAGUUUCCAUGUAUCCUCCCCCUCUAAAACUGAUGUAUGAUGGACCUUUCCAUAAGGAAAAGAAAGGCGCAGAAGAUGAAGACAAGUGGUUGAUAGUAAAUGUGCAAUCUAAAUAA